AAGUGUCAUACCCCACACUGUGAGUUAAAUUUCGUGUUGUCGGGCUGUGUUUCUGUUUUCUGUGAAAAAAAUAUCAAAUAAUAAAAUAUGGGAAAGUCAAAAUUUCCGGGAAAACCAUCGAAAAUAGUGAAUAAGAAGCGUGUUAGUGUAUUAAAUAGUGUUGCGAAUAAUCCGUUUGGUGAUAAUUCGGCUGAAGAUGAUGGCGAUCAAGUUUCGAGCUCCGAAAGUGAAACAACAAAAACAUUCGAUGGUCAUGGCACUCAGGAAACUAUACCACACAAAACGAAUCCGCCAGACCCACCUGACAAAAUAAACGAUACAAUGGACAUCACAGCCGAUCCAUCCGGUGGCAUACUGACGCGGGGUCGGAACAAAACCUCGGACACAUCCGAACCGCCAGUUAGUAAACCGGUUGACAAACCAGUGAAGCAACGCAAAACCGUUACAUUCAAAAAUGUAUUAGAAACCAGUGACGAUGUAAAUAUCGUGAAAAAAGUGUACAAUCCCGACAAAGUUCCAGUGGUGCCGAUAAUAAAAAUAAACAAAAAUCGUGACAAGGGUGAUAUACUGACACCAUCCCGUUUGACUGAUGUGGCGAAAAAUUACAGUGGAUUGACUAAGUUAGCGCAAAAUCACAGUGCCGAUCACAUUGACAAAGUGAAUUUGUUGACGUUCAAGUCGUCAUUGAAUGUAAAUAGUUUAAAGGAACGGACUGAUGUGCCAUCAGUUGAUAAGAAAAUUGUGAACUUUGGAUUUAAGACCAAUAGCAGUAGUUGUAGUAGUAGUAUUGAAGUGCCGGCAACAGUGACCAGUGAAAAGAAAUUUGUGUUGCCGAAACGAAGUGCUCAUUCUUGUCGAGUAAUUAAGCCUAAUAAGAAAUUCUUCGAAGACGGUACUGAAGCGUCCAACAAAAACUCUAAGAAAUCGGGUUGCAAAAAGUCGUCGCGAAAGGAUAACACCUCUCGUGAAGAUGACGACAAAGUACAAAAGACCGACAAUUUCAUCAACAACACUUUAUCGUCGCAAAUAAACAGCAGUAAAUUGGAUGAACAAGCAGACGAGGAAUCCGAAGCUUCACAGACUGCUUCCGAUGCAAACUCAGAUGAUGGAUCAGAUGUGGAGUCAGAAAAAGUGGCAGAACCAAACCCAUUCAAUCCAUUCGCCGCUAGACCACUCACCACAUCAACGUCCCUGAUAUCGGCUUCGAAACUAAUACUUCGAGAGCCGAGACUUCAAUUUUCAUCGUCAUUGACGUCAACAACAUCGGCAACGACACCGGACGGACCAUUCUCUUUGAAUCUCAAUAGUAUUAAUCCCGGUGGAUCGUCGUUGAAUACUCCGUUAACAUUAGCAUCACCGUCAACAUUAUGUGGUGUUUGUGGAACAUUCUCGACACUAUCGAAGCCUUUGCAUCAAUCGAGAAAAUUUGGCAUAAAUUCGUGUGGAGCGUGUCGAAAGUUCAUUUCCAAAACAAUCAAGAAAUUGGCUGCUUCCAGUGGAUCAACAUCAACAAAUGUCCUACAAUGCCAUAAGAAUGAUGGUACUUGCAUCAUAUCACCAACGAACAAAGGAAAUCACCCGAAAAGGUGUCAUGCGUGCUGGUUGAAAAAAUGCAUCAAAGCUUUUCAAGUUCCAUCGGGUCUACGGUCUAAGCUUAUGGCAACUUUGCCGGCAAAUAUGCGUGAAUCCGAUUCGAUGAAUCACAAGACCAUAAUAUCACCGUUUAGUCUGCACAAAAGCAGUGAGAUGAGUUCAAUCAACAUGUUUUCGACCCUGUCAGCAAGCAGUAACCGAAUGUUGUCAUGGCCUCAAGAAUCGAGUGGUGAAAGUGAAUUUAAAACCAAAUUGUCUCUGUCAAAUCCACUGGUCGAAAAUAACUCAACAUUCGGUAGUACGCCAUUGAUGAAGCCAACAAUAGCCGAAAAACCUGUGAUUAUGGUCAGCAGUACAAGUAGCAGCACAACAACAACGACUACAACAACAUCUGAUAGUACGAAGCAAAAGAUUCAAAAGCCACAAUCGGGUGUUGGUGAAGCUGCAACCAGCUCAUCGAAGUCGUCCAAUAAAGAGGCUGAAGAAACUAGUAGGCUACGAGUGAGAAAGAAGGAAAAGGUAGAAGUUCCCGUUCCUACUCCAGUACAACCAACAGCGAACCCAACAAAUGAGCCGGCAAAACGGCAGCGUAUCGAUCUGAAAGGACCUCGAGUGAAACACGUUUGCCGUAGUGCUUCUAUCGUACUGGGUCAACCCAUAGCUACCUUUCCAAUUGAUGAAGAGACCGCAUUGGAAAGUAUGGACACACCCCCACGGCUGGAGAACGAAUUGGAACCGGAAAAAGAAAAAGAAUUUGUGCAAACGGCAAUCGCUAAACAAAAAGAGCAAAUGCGACAAGAUACACAAUCGCCUUGCACUGAUUGUACUGGUAGCUCGUCACUGAGUCCUCCAGCAACUCCGAUCCAAAGUCAAGAGGAUGAGAGUCUUCAAAAUUCAAAUUCAUCGAAAUCUUUACUGAACGAUGAAACAUCGUCACUUCCAUCUAGUUUACCUACCACACUCAUUGAAAGCACUGAUGAUACAACUACGCCAACUGUUCCUGAUACGACUACCUUAAAGAAGGAAGAAUCUCUAAAACCAAUGACGAGAAAACUUACGCGUCCGGCUUUACUCUCAAACAUUAUACUUGGGACAACCAACAAAAAACUGAAUUCAUUCAGUCGCCAAACAAUAAAAGCAGUUCCUGCAGCACCUCCAACAAUAUCAAUAGAUUUUUGGGAGAAUUACGAUCCAGCUGAAGUGAGUCAAACCGGCUUCGGUCUUAUCGUAUCGGAAAACAUACCACUUCGAGCGUUAUGCUUUUUAUGUGGCAGUGCCGGACUGGACGCAUUAAUAUUUUGUGUGUGCUGUUGCGAACCAUAUCACCAGUAUUGCGUUGAAGAUGAGUACAAUCUGAAACAUUCGUUGGACGACACGAAUCUCAGCAUUCUUGAUAGCACACUAACCGGUGCGAAUCAAACGCAAUCGUUAAACAAUCGCUUGAAUUGGUUAUGUCCGCGAUGUACGGUAUGUUAUACAUGCAAUAUGGCAUCGGGUUCAAAAGUUAAAUGUCAGAAAUGCCAAAAGAACUAUCACUCAACAUGUCUCGGUACAAGUAAGCGAUUACUUGGCGCUGAUCGUCCACUCAUUUGUGCUAAUUGCUUAAAAUGUAAAAGUUGUGGCACAACAAACGUAUCGAAAUUCGUCGGCAAUUUGCCAAUGUGUUCGUCGUGUUUUCAGCGCAGACAGAAAGGCCAUUUCUGUCCGUUGUGCCAAAAAUGUUACGAAGACAAUGAUUUCAAUAUCAAAAUGAUGGAAUGUGGUGAUUGCAAAAAGUGGGUGCACGCAAAAUGCGAAGAGUUGACCGAUGAACAGUACAAUAUGUUGAGCGUUCUGCCGGAGAAUAUUGAAUUCAUUUGCAAGAAAUGCGCCAAAACAAACUCAACGGCCGACAAAUGGCGUGAAGCUGUUGCAGCUGAAUUUAAAUCCGGUCUGCUCAGCGUUAUAAGAUUGUUGAGUAAAAGCCGGCAGGCGUGUGCAUUGCUCAAACUAAGUCCCCGAAAGAAACCGGGCUCGUGCAUCUGCCAGCCCAUUCAAUCGAAUCGAAAUAUUCAAUUCGACAAGGAACGGAUCGACGACGAGUUACACGAUUGUGAAACAAUGGACACCGAAUCGGAUAUGCAAUUCGACGACUCAACGGCUGCGGUCAAAUGUUAUUGUGGUGCUGGACAGAAAGUGCAGCCCAUGUCAACAGCUCCGCCAAGUUUACUAGAAAUAAAGCAGAAAAUUGGUGCGAACGAAUACUAUUCGUUGGCCGAUUUCAAUUACGACAUGAAUCUCAUCACAACAGCGGCUGCAUGCGACGAACUUACAAUAACAUACAAAGAGAUUCUGAGCGAAGCCUUUCCAUGGUUCCAAAACGAAACGAAGGCCUGCACGGAUGCUCUGGAAGAGGACAUGUACGACUCGUGCAAUUUCCAGGAAAAUUCGGCGAACAUCGAAUGUGAUCAACAAGUACCGAUGAUCGAUGUUCCCGACGACAUCGACGAUUACUUCUACACGCCGAACGAACUUCAAGAGACACGAAUUUGUAUGUUUUGUAAAAGUGUUGGCGAGGGUGGCUCACUGGACGAAUCGCGCUUGCUGUACUGCGGCCAAAAUUGUUGGGUUCACACGAAUUGUGCCAUGUGGUCGGCCGAAGUGUUCGAAGAAAUCGACGGAUCGUUGCAGAAUGUCCACAGUGCAAUAUCACGCGGACGCUCAAUCAAAUGCAGUAAAUGCGGUUCCAAAGGUGCAACCGUUGGUUGUAAUGUAAAAAAUUGUGGCGAACAGUUUCAUUACAAGUGUGCCAGGUCGCUGGACUGUGCAUUCAUGGUAGACAAAACCGUUUACUGUCCUCAACAUCUGGCCGAUGCCAAUCGGAAAAAGUGUACAAUCGAAAAGAAUUUCGAGGUUCACCGGCCCGUUUAUGUGGAAUUGGAUCGUAAAAGACGGAAAUCGGUCGACCCGAGCCGGGUACAAUUUGUUAUCGGCGCACUGCAAGUUAAACAAUUGGGUAAAUUUGUCACAUCACUGUCCGAUACGAACGAUGCCAUCGUACCGGCUGACUUCCAUUGUACCCGAUUGUAUUGGUCUUCGAAAGAACCGUGGAAAAUCGUUGAAUACACAGUGCGUACAUCCAUACAAAACAACAAUUUUAGUUUGACGCUAGACACUGGACGAAAUUUUACCGUUGACCACUCCAACAGUUUGAAUAUGGUUCAACGAGGCCUAACGCAAAUUUCUAAAUGGCAUAGCAGCUUAGCUAACGGUGAGGACUACGAAUAUAUUAUUCGACAGGAACGGUCUGUUAAACAAUUACUGGAAGCGGUUAACGGAAUCGGUAGUGCAGAUGAGACCAAUGAAGAUGAGCCCCAAAACAAUGCCGAUCUCUUGCCACCCGAAAUAAAGGACGCCAUUUUCGAAGAUCUGCCCCACGACAUUUUGGACGGAAUUUCAAUGUUGGACAUUUUCCCGAAACUGAUGACGUAUGAGGACCUCGUUGCCAUGGACAGUAAGAACGAAGUGUAUUUGAGCAAUGACCUAUCGCGUGACGUUCGCGAUUAUAAUAUGUCCGAUGAUGAACUCAGCGACGGUCAGAAAGAUUACGACGGUGGUAGCGACAGUUGGAUGAACAAUACAAAUCCGAAUGUUGCUCAUGUUGAAGAUGCCAUGCUAUCAGCUCGUUCGAUAAGCCGUGAGCUGAAACGAAGUAAAUCUGAAGUAUUUUCUCGUGGUGUCGCUGCGUCCCGAAGUCAACAACGAUCGUCUAGUUUAAAUUGGAGCAGUAAAUUGGAGACAAAUGCGGCGAAACGACGAAAAAUGAACUUGAGAUUGGCAGAUGGUGUUUUGAUGUCACUGGGACGUCGCAAGGACGAUCUGUUGCCAUUGAAUGUAUCCGAAAGACGACGUUCCGACGAUAUAAGGCACAAAAAUUUCACCUGGUCAGCAGCUAAACGAUUUAAUCAAAGCGAUGACAACUCGUUGAGUGACUCGUUGGCUGCGUCUGAUAUUUUGGAUAAGCUAAAAAUAUCCCAACUGGAUGGCAUGGACGAUGUGAGCAGUUGCAGUGAAGAUAAUUCACCAGUGCAUGAGUUCUCCACCUACGAUAAUCGCGAAUCGCCCGUCAAGUGUGAUCGUUGUCAUUGCACCUACCGCACUGUUGAUUCGUACAAUCGUCACCUGCCACAAUGCGAACCGCUAUCGACUAGUGAAAGUGAAUCGGAACCACGUUCGCCCGACAUGCAAAGUCCACCGCAUAACAUGAUCAUAACGUCCAUGUCCGGUCAGGAUUUCAUGCCGAUAAUGACGACACAACACCAGAACUCGUCUCAGCAAAUCUACAAUUUCAACGGGCAACAAAUCAAUCCGAUUUCGAUUCAGAACAUUCAAGGUCAUCCGAUUCAAAUCCACAGUUCGCAACUGCAACACAACACAUCUAUGUCGAUGCAAAAUCAGUGCGCCAUCAGCAACAGUGGCGUUCAAAUGCAACAGCUCAAUCAGCCGAUUCAAAAUAUGAUUAUCAAUGCCACCAAUGGUCAACAGCAGCAAUUAUUCGCACAGCCGCUUCAGAACAUCGGUCAGCAGAUUUUUCCGAUACAAAAUCUUCAACAGUCUCAGUUCGGCGGCAUUGAAAUACAAAAUAAAUCACAGCAACAGCGAAUGAAUUCGACACCGCAAACCAUCACAUUACCGAACGGUAUCAACAUUCAAACAUCACAGCCAAUAAUGCACCAGCAGCAGCCACAGAUCAUAACAUUUUCACAAGCGAAUGGUCAACCACAGAUUGUGAUUACACCGACAUCGUCGACCCAACAGAAUGUCUCAAAUUACACCACAACAACUCGAACAAUACAACAGUCGCCGUACAAAAAUCAAUUGAUUCUUCCGCAACCAGACAAGUCACCCAACAAGCGUAACAUGAUGCCGAAAAUAAUGCCACAGUCCAACGGUAUGCCAAGGGCCAAAGGUCGAACAGUCAGUGCAGUCAAUAAGCCGAUACAAAUUAAACGAACGAUCGUCAAAAAUGAACCGAAACCGGUCAUAUUCAAUCAGUCGCUGCCACUUAUUCGGCCGAUGAAUGACGCAGGAAAUGUCGUAAUCCAACAGAAUCCUUCUGCCCAACCGAUUAUUGUACAACAGAUCGGUGGCAAUCAGAACAACUUGGUCCAAUAUGUGACAGACAAUCAGAAUGCCAUGCAAUACAUUGCAAUGCCAACGAAUGGUGGUGACUUUAAGCAGCCGCAAACGCAAUAUUUAACACCGAAUCCAUUAGUACCAGGCACUUUCCAGUUACAGACCGCUGACAAUGGCAAUUUGUUGUUGGCUAAUUCAUCGGGUGGUUUACAAAUGCUACCGAAUGGUACUUUACAACUAGCUCAACCUCAGCAGCCUCAAGUCAUUGGAACAAUUAUACAACAACAGCCGAAUGGACAGCAAUUCGGUAUGAUGUCUGCCGAACAAAUGAUGCUUGGCCAAGCACCAACUCUCGAAAUGAUGACCAAUCCGGCAAAUGGAUGCAUGUUACUCACCAGUCAGCCAGUGUAUUACGGCCUAGAAACAAUCGUACAGAACACUGUCAUGUCGUCACAACAAUUUGUGUCCACUGCCAUGCAAGGUGUUCUGAGUCAGAACGCGAGCUUUUCGGCAACAACGACCCAGGUGUUCCAGGCGAGCAAAAUCGAGCCGAUUAUGGAAAUGCCAACGGGAUAUGUUGUUUUGAACAACGACGGCACCAUAAUGCAAUCGCAACCGUCGCAACAGCCUAGUAUUUUAUCAAAUGUCAUGCAACAAGGUGUACCACAAAUGUCUCAACUUCAAUCGCAUCAAAUUCAACCGAUUCAACAACUUCAAUCGCAGCAACAACAGCAGCCAGCCAAUUCGGCAUGGAGGUUUGUUGAUGAUAAAUCUACCAUUCAAUUGUUGCCUCAACAUCAGCAACAGAAUCAAACGCAACAGCAUUCGGUGCCGAUUACACUUCAAUCACAGCCUCAACCAUCCGUACGACCGAAUCAAUCGCCGAAGCCAAUUGUGAAAUCAGCUCCUAUCGUCGUGACGAAGGUUCAGCCUCAAAACAAAAUUCUGGCCAAUCCAAUUCAACAAUAUGUCACCGUAGACGCCAAAUCAAAUCAAAAUCAAAACAUUUUACCAAAACCUGAGAAUGUCAUCACAUCAUACGAUCAAUUUAUCAUGCAGCCAAAUACCAGUAAAUUUUCAGCCGCAAUGCCAAACUAUCAACAGCAGAAGUCAAUUACGAUCACCACUCCGUCACCUCAAAUGCCAAUCCACCCGAUACCUCGAAAAUCGAAUGCGGUCAAACAACCAGCUGCUAAAAUAGCUGCUGCAACUGUUCGUCCUAAAGUCAUAACACGUCCGGUGAUGUCAUCGAAAGUGCAACCGACUCAACCGCAGACCAGCAAAAUGAUGACAAUAACACCAGCUACAUCAACCUCAUCACCGAUUGUCAUUCCACCGAAUCCAAUCAUUGUGCCUUUAUAUGAACCAGUAGCCGAAACGCCACCCAUCACAAUUCAAUCACCUACCAUCACUUUGGAGAACACAACAAAUCCAACAAAUUGUGACAUGUCUCCGUCAAACACCGAAAAUUUGUCGACUGCAUUCAGUCAGCAGCAGCAGCAGUCCUUCGUCAAGAAUACAACCAAUGUUGAGCAGACUAGUCAAUUAUCAACGAACCAAACAAGCUCACAAAAACCAAUACCUGCAACACCGACCACUUAUUCUCCCACGCAGCAACAAUACCCAUCCACAAGUCAAUCGCAAUCAAUAACACUUCCCAUCGCGGCCAGUAUACAAUUGCCAACAGCACCUUAUGCUCCAACGUAUUCGAAUGGUAUUCCAACAAAUGUGGUGAAUCCCAUACCACAAUACAAUUACACAAAUACCCGACCAACGAAUCGCGUUCUCCCCAUGCAAACCGUACAUCAGAAAAACAAUCCACUAACGCCGCCCGAACCGAAAAGUGUUGAUGUGACAACAAAGAAAAUCAUCACCGUGGACACAUCGAAACUGUCACCAAUAAUUGAACAAGAACUGUCUCCCAAUCAGUUGGUCAUUGUUGAAAAGGACGAUGAGCAUUUCAGUGUUGGUGAUGACGGUCGCUGUAGUGUCAGCGGAUUCGAUCAAGAUGAUGACUUGAACAUGGAAAUCGAUAAGAUAAUCGAAUCGAAAGCCAGCCAUUUGUCACCGAACCGUCGGGACACACCGUCAGAUUCGGAUGACCUGUUCAACAAACUGAAAGGUGAACACGAUUCGUUACUGUCCCGUGAAGACAGCAAUUCGGAACGAACCAGCCCCGAUGUGAAAGACAAGAUCUGCGAAAUUCUGGUGAAUCUGGAAAACGAUGACUGUACAAAGAAUGCACCCGAAUCCGAUUCGGAUAUGUUUUCGAUGAACGAAGUUGACCAGCAGACAGUUUCGUGUAAAUCAGAGCCGGAACAACACAAAGAGAAUUUAAUUCCGGCUGCUUUGCAUGACCACACAACAAUGAUGAAAUAUCAAAAGUCAAUGUUGCGUGAACAGCAACCUCUGCCCAAAUCGACCGGACCGAAAAUGUUGUACGAAAUUCAGUCACAAGACGGAUUCACCUACAAAUCAACGUCGAUAUCGGAAAUAUGGGAAAAGGUAUUCGAAACGGUACAGGUGGCUCGAAAGGCACAUGGUCUGUCUCCGUUGCCAGAAGGACCACUAGCUGAUAUGUGCGGCCAUCAGAUGUUGGGAUUGAAAACGAACGCUCUGAAAUACCUGUUGGAGCAAUUGCCGGGCGUUGAAAAAUGCACCAAAUAUCAACCGAAAUAUCACAAAAAACCACAGAGCACAAUAUCCGGCGCUGCGUCAUCGGGCUACUGUUCCGAUACCGAAGAGUUGAAGGAAAAUGUGUACGGGGCUGCGAGAUGUGAAGGUUAUUCAAAGCGUUCCGAUUACGACAUGUUCAGCUGGUUAGCGUCGCGACAUCGCAAGCAACCAAUUCAACUGAUUGUUCCACAAAAUCUUGACAGCGAAUUGAUGCCUAGAAGAGGAACUGGCAGCAAUUUACCCAUGGCUAUGAGAUACCGAACAUUGAAGGAAACGUACAAGGAAACCGUUGGUGUCUACCGUUCUCACAUCCAUGGCCGAGGACUGUUUUGUAACAGAGAUAUCGAAGCUGGUGAAAUGGUCAUCGAGUAUGCAGGCGAACUAAUCCGCUCAACGCUGACCGACAAACGUGAACGAUACUACGACAGUCGAGGAAUCGGUUGCUACAUGUUCAAAAUUGACGAUAAUUUGGUGGUGGACGCUACGAUGCGUGGAAACGCAGCCAGAUUCAUCAAUCAUGCUUGCGAGCCAAAUUGCUAUUCUAAGGUGGUGGACAUACUGGGUCACAAGCACAUCAUAAUAUUUGCCCUGCGUCGCAUCGUCCAGGGUGAAGAAUUGACGUACGAUUACAAGUUUCCGUUUGAAGAGACGAAAAUACCUUGCUCGUGUGGUUCGAAGAAAUGCCGUAAGUACUUGAACUAGACGUUGAACCGUGGGAUUUCUUUACGGAUUAUUUAAGGUCGAACGAUUUAAGUGGAAGAAAUUAUGUUGGAUCCGUUGUCAUUAAUUUGGCUUUGAUCAAUGGUGAUCGUGUCCUUUUCUUACAUUUUUUAUGUUGCUCGAUUCCGUGACAGAAGGUGGGUCGGGAUCGGUAAUGUAUGUUACCAGAUACCGUUAAUCGGAUACUGUUUUGAACAACUGGUCAGGUCUUAAAACCUGACUUGACUUGACAUUAAUCAAGUCUGUGCACAUCCCCAGUAGAGCUACCGGCUAAUUUUUCUUGUUGUUUUAAACAAACUUUUUUUUUUUGAGAGACAUUUUGUUCCGAAAUAUUUUGCUUUUUCGCCAACGUUCAUUAAUGUUGCCUGAUCUUUACAAUCCAUGUUUUUUCACGCAUUUAAACGUCCGUUCCUUUUUUUGUUUUCGUAUUGUAUCCAACAUAACUUUCUACAUUUAAGCGUUCAGUUUCAUUGUAAUUCAAUAAGAUAAAAGUAAAAGUAGUGAAAUGAAUCAAUUUUUGUACGAUACUGAAAAGAUAUAUAGAGAGAGAGUAAGUGAUAGAGCGAGAAGAAGAAAAAUGGGUGAGAGCACACUCCAAGUUAAUAAUUGUUACAGUAUUCUAUAUGUUAAUCUGUAAAUCAUGUAUGUUGUAAAUAAUAAACAAUUCGUUCGUUUGAAUUAAAUUUAACAAUUGGCGCAAAUUGCGUUGUGUGAAUUAAUAAAUAAAACAAAACAAAAAUCACAAGAGAGAACCCCAAAAAAGGAUUAAUGAAACCGAUAAAGAAUAUGAGAUUAACAAAACGAAAACGAUGAUUUUCGUUCAAUUUUUGUAUUUUGAAUAAAUUUUUUUUUUGUUGCAAUUUUUAGUUGCCCCCAGUGUGUGUAUAGUAUUUGUAAAUUGAUCGGAUCUUUGAAUUUUAUUUAUUAAUUUUAGUUUUAAGAUUCCAUUUUUAUCUUGCCGAGAAACAUUCGCAGAAAAUAUUUACAGAUUUGACCCGGAAAAUUAAAUUUAACUUUUAAUGACAACAAUAGCAAGUAAUUUUAUCGUUUGUGCUGACAAAUUAAAAUAUCGACUCAACGGCGGGAAAGAAUGUUUCUUUCGAUCAAAAAAAAAGCAUCUUUCGUGAAGUAGUCGUUCGACUGGAAUUGAUACCAGCUUGAUUAAAAAUGGUUGAAACCUUUCUGAUAAUCUGACUGCGACUCCUGUAGUAAGCUAUGCAUUUCACCCUCGUUGUAAUUUGAAAAUGAUAAUUUUCUCACUCAAUAUGGCGGAACCCGCCAUUUUAGAGGAGAAAAUUUUCUCACCCAAAAUGGUGGUCAUCCCGGAAGGACAACCAAACGACAUUUUCACAACGCUUUAUAGUGGACAAAAUAAGGAUUUUCGUAUCGCUAGCAUGAAAUAGUACAUUUCGUACCUAGGACUUAAAGCCUUAUUUAUCGUGUGAGAAAUUUGUGAGGCAAAGGCGAGGUCUGGAAUUGAAUACUCUAAAAAAAGACUUUUAUUCCGUGGUACGAAUAAUAUUUUUCAUAUCCGACGAAGAAGAGGUGCCAGGUGCCUCAUUCAUGAGUUGUCAGUGUAAGAGUUAUAAACUCAACCGCUGAUGGAUUUGAACCGAUUGGCCGAUUUGUGAACAAAGCAAGCAAAAUUAAUUGAAUCGGUUCCAGUCAAGUAAAGUUGAAUGUCUUUUACACGGCUUACCGGUAAAAGCAUUAUUGAGAAAACCGGUAUUCGACUUCUACUAGUUGUAUUAGUUUCGCCCCUAGUACAUCAUAGAUGGCACUAGGUUUGUCACGCAGGUUACCACUGACUGGCAAAGUAGAAUAUUUCGUUAAUGAAAGGGUAUCGAUUCGAGACUCUCGAACCAUAUGCAGCAAAACUAGUUAUAAUCUAUACUAUAGAUUCUAUAGCUCCGAGCCCUUUGUGAGUUGUUAGGGCAGUUUAUGAUAUAUUUUUUACGGGAGGAUCAGCCACUUUUUCGAUAAAAUGAUUUCAGUCGUCGAAGUCGAAGGUAUUGAAAUAGCCCUUCAACUAUAAAAUAGGUUUUCAACAAACAGAUAAUGUCAGGUGAAUCAUCUGAAUAAUAUGAAAAUGUUUGUUAUAAAAAUUCUUUAAUUUAGUUCACCGAACUCGACAAUUUGUCAGCACAAGCGCAAGAAAACAGUAUUCUCCAUAAUAUAAUAAAAUCGUCAUCACAUUAGAAGAGAAAAAUUGAUUAUAAGACAAGAUAAGAAAAAGAAACAACUCCAGUAAAUAUACAGCAGUGUCUAACAGAGCAUUUAAAUCAUGCACUCAUUUCACAGAGAGCACCACAGUGAAUUUGUUGAUGUGGAAAUUCAGUUUGAAAACAUGAAUGAAAAUGAAGUUGAAUUUUCGAGUUAUAAAAAUGAAAAUUGUAAAAAAUAUGAAUGUUUUUCACUGCAUAAUAUAAAACAAAUUGCUUGAACAACGAGUAUCAAUCCGAAAAUUGUUCAAUUCUGUUUGAGUAUUAUUUUCUAUCCACAAAAAACAAACGAAAGUACUUUGAAGAUAUUUUUAGAAUGGAAAACAUUUACAAUUACAAUUAUAAUUACUAUAAUAGAUCGCUUUGAAACGCUUUAUCUGUCCCCCACUUAAAAAAACAAAAAAAAAACUUAUAAUGUAAUCACAUCGCGCAGUCCAAAAUUGUAGUCAAUAAUGAGAAAAAUCUUAGCGUUUAGUCGAAUUCUCUUUUUAAAUGUAAUUUAAUUAUUUGUAUAAAAGAAAAAGAAAAAAAACAAAAAACAAUUAUAAAAUGAACAAUAAAUCGAUGCUAGUGUUUUCUAAAUAAACAAA